UGUGACACAUGUUCUGCAGGCUGCUGCUCAGCUACCUAAAGGCCUCUGUAGCCACAUUCAGAUAAAGACUGAAAAAGAGAUCAUAUUUUUCCCCAAAAAAUUGAAGAAAUGGAAGAAGACCAACUAGAUAGUUAUGAGAUCCAAUUUGGUAUACAAGAAUCUUUGCAAACUAUUACUCCUCCUAUUGGUCAAGAUAGGAUUCUGCGGGGUUCAUGGUGGAGGCCAUCAAGGACCUUGGCAUGCUGAAGGCACAGGCUACUUCUCUGGCGGUCUCGGCGCGCAGAGGACUCUGGCUAUGCCAAUGGACUGCAGAUGCAGAAUCCAAGAGAAGUGUGGAGAACCUACCCUUCACAGGUCAGGCUCUGUUUGGGGAUGCAUUGGAUACGUGGAUCUCCACUGCAACUGCGGGUUUGUACCAACAAGUGACAUAAACAGAAAAAUUGUAGCAGCCAUAAAACAAGGUGAAAUUACUGAACUACAGAAAUACAUGCAAUAUAAAUAUGCCCUUGAUGAAGCUGAUGAGAAAGGGUUGUUUCCGCUACAUGAAGCAGUAGUUCAACCAGUACGUCAAAUUACAGAAAUAAUUCUUGAUGCUGUAAAUAAAACACAGUGUGAACAAAAGACUAAUGACGGUGAAACUCCAUUGACUCUGGCUGCAAAAUCUGGUCUGAUCGAAAAUGUGAAAGCACUUCUAGAAAAGGGAGUGUGGCCAAACACCAAGAAUAGCAGGGGAGAGUCUCCUCUUCUGAUUGCUGUCAGAAUUAGCAGUUAUGAUAUGGUGACUACGCUAAUCAGUUACAACUGUACCAUUAACCAGCCCUGUGUGAAGCGGUGGUCGGCAAUGCACGAAGCUGCAAAACAGGGAAGCAGUGCUAUUAUUGCGUUACUUUUGAAAAAUGGUGGAAAUGUCAGCCUUAAAGAUGGUUUUGGUGUGACACCAUUGGGAGUUGCUGCUGAAUUUGGUCACUGUGAGGUAUUAGAACAACUAAUACAUAAAGGUGGAGAUAUCAAUAUACAAGCACAUGAUGGGUCCACCGUGCUCUCUGAUGCAGCUGUUGGAGGUAAUCCAGAUUGCAUUACACUUCUUUUGGAGUAUGGAGCUAGUGGAAAUGUGCCAAAUAAAGAAGGAUAUCUCCCUAUACACAAAGCAGCAUAUGGAGGACAUUAUCUUGCUUUAAGGUACCUUAUUCCUGUAACAUCGCAACAUGGAAUCAAAAGAAGUGGGUUAAGUCCCAUCCAUUCUGCAACAGAUGGACAAAGUGUGCAGUGCUUGGAGCUAUUAAUUGAAAAUGGCUUUGAUGUCAAUGAACUUUUGGCUGAACAUAUGUCUGAAAACUAUGGUGAUAAAAGGAAAACAGCGUUAUUUUUUGCCGUCUCCAACAAAGAUGUUCUGUGCACUGAGAUGUUAUUAAAAGCUGGUGCUAAUCCAAACAUAGACCCUCUAAACUGUCUCCUUGUGGCUGUGCGAUCCAGGAACCAUGAAAUAGUGAGGCUGCUGUUAGCUCAUAAUGCUGAUGUCAACUGCUAUUUCAUGCUUGUGAAUGACACUCAUUUCCCUAGUGCAAUACAGUACGCCCUCAAUGAUGAAAUCAUGCUACGCUUAUUGUUAAAUAACGGAUACCAGGUUGAAAGGUGUUUUGAUUGCCUACAUGGGGACAUUUAUGGUGGCUCAUUCAUAUGGUCAACCUCCGAAGAAGAAGUGCUACCAGGCUGGACAUCGUGUGUUAUAAAAGACAGCCCUGUGAGUAUAAUUUUCAAUUCGCAAAACUGCCGCUUUAAAAUUGCCAUUGCAGCUUUGGUCCUGCUGUGCACCUUAAUUAGUGCACAGGCAGAAGGGAAGACUUGGGUGAGUAAAGGUGUUCAGAGCUGGGUGGAGAUAAAGGUGGUCAUUCCGAGUUGAUCGCAGCCAGCAACUUUUUGCUGCUGCUGUGAUCAACUAGUCCACGCCUAUGGGUGUAUUUUAGCUUAGCAGGGCUGCGAUCGCUUGUGCGGAUCCGCCCAGGAAUGCCUUCUUCCUGUCAAUCUUCUUGCAGUCGGCUCUGCGACCACUUUCUUCAUAGGACGCGACGUAAACCGACGACCCCCGUUGCCGGGCAACGAUGCGCGUGCACAGUGCGUACUCCACGCAUGCGCAUUCUAGACCUGUUUGCACUGCAGCAACAAACCGCUGUACAGAUAGGUCCUCGCUCAUCCGACCUGCAAUUGCUAAUAAUCUGUGGUUGUGUGCCGCAAGUAGACUUAUAAGCACGUG